AUGGUCCCCAACGAAGAAGCCCAGUACCCAGGGAUUGUCAAGCUGCUCCUGCACUUCAGAUGGACGUUCAUUGGUCUCAUUGCUCCAGACACUGACAAUGGAGAGAGGUUCAUGCAGACCUUGACGCCUCUGCUCAUCAAGAGUGGUGUUUGUACUGCCAUCUCACUAAGCAUCCCAGGACUGAAUAUGAAAGGAGGAAAGAUGGGUUUUUUUCAAUUCCUCAAGUGGAGACAAGUCCAUGUAUUUGUUUAUUAUGCAGAGAUGACUUACUUCUUAGAUGGAAUUUUAAUGAUACAACAGGUAGUUGAAAUGUUAAUAAAACCCAUUGUAGGGAAAGUCUGGAUAACAACGGCUAUGUGGGAUGUCUCCACAGAAUUGAUGUAUAAUGUCAUACCUUUCCAACACAUUCAUGGUAUUUUUUCCUUCCUUAUUGAGGCAAAGAAAAAGUCAAAAUAUGAUGAUUUUGCACCUUUUUUCUUUGCUAUGAAGGGGUUUGUGGAGAAAUCUUUUAACUGUACAUAUUUAAAACAUGAAUUGUCUGUGAAAGGCUGGACAAGAUGCAGAGGGAGAGAGGACCUGGAAAUGUUUCCCCAAGAUGACCUGGAAAAAGUCCUCUCUUUAGACAGCUACAUGAUUUACAACACGGUCCAAGCUGUGGGACGGGCCUUAAAUGCUGCAUAUUCAUCUACCUCCAAGUGGAGGGUGAUGGACAAGGUGGAAACUCAAAGGCUACCGCCAUGGCAGACCUUGCCUCUUUCCAGGUGUGUGGAAAGCUGCCGUCCUGGAUUUGUCAAGGUGGUUCAGGAAGGAAAGCCACUUUGCUGCUACGACUGCCUUCCCUGCCCAGUGGGGACCAUCUCCACUCAAGAAGAUGCAAAUCGUUGCACCAUUUGCCCAGAAGAUCAGCAUCCAAACAAAGACCGAGAUCAGUGUAUCCCAAAGACUAUCACCUUCCUGGCCUAUGAAGAAUAUUUGGGGUUUCUCUUGACUUCCUUUGCCCUAUUCCUCUCCUUCACCACAAGCAUUGGGUUAGGAAUCUUCAUUAAAUACAGAAGAACUCCAAUAGUCAAAGCCAACAACCGGGACCUCUCCUACAUCCUCCUCGUCUCCCUUCUGCUUUCCUUUUUGUCCUCCUUCCUCUUCAUCGGUCGGCCAAGGAAAGCGACCUGCCUUCUCCGACAAAUGGCAUUCAGCAUCAUCUUCUCAGUUGCUGUCUCUUCUCUUUUGGCAAAAACCAUCACUGUGGUGCUGGCCUUCCUAGCCACAAAACCAGGGAACAGGGUGAGGAGAUGGCUGGGAAAGAGUUUGGCCAACUCCAUUGUCAUUUCCUGUUUCAGUAUUCAAGUUGUCAUCUGUGCCAUCUGGCUGGGCAUCUCUCCCCCAUUCCCAGACUCUGACAUGCACUCUGAACUCGGAGAGAUCAUGCUGCAUUGCAAUGAAGGGUCUGUCACCAUGUUUUACAGUGCCCUUGGCUACAUGGGCUUCCUUGGUGCCAUCUGCUUCAUGGUGGCUUUCCUAGCCAGGAAGCUGCCUGGGGCCUUCAAUGAAGCCAAGCUGAUCACCUUCAGCAUGCUGGUCUUCUGCAGUGUUUGGGUGUCCUUUGUGCCCACCUACCUGAGCACAAAGGGGAAAUACAUGGUAGCCGUGCAGGUCUUCUCCAUCUUGGCCUCCAGUGCUGGGCUUCUGGGCUGCAUCUUCAUUCCCAAGUGCUACAUUAUUGUACUCAGGCCUGAACUCAAUACAAAGGAGCAUCUGACAAAAAAACCUAGUGAUACCAUUUGA